AUGGGUCAACAAACUUUGAUCUACAGUUUUGUGGCGAGGGGGACAGCAGUUUUGGCUGAUUACACAGAGUUCAAAGGAAACUUCACGUCGGUCGCUUCACAAUGUCUCCAAAAAUUGCCAUCUUCUAAUAACAAAUUCACUUACAAUUGUGAUGGCCAUACCUUCAAUUACCUUGUCCACAAUGGAUUCACAUAUUGUGUUGUUGCUGUUGAAUCUGCGGGUCGACAGUUACCGAUUGCAUUUUUAGAGCGUGUUAAGGAUGACUUCAACAACAAGUAUGGAGGGGGUAAAGCUGCUAUUGCAGGUCCUAAUAGCUUGAAAAGGGAAUUUGGGCCGAAAUUGAAAGAGCAAAUGCAGUAUUGUGUGGAUCAUCCAGAGGAGAUAAACCAACUUGCUAAAGUGAAGGCUCAAGUUUCUGAGGUGAAAGGUGUGAUGAUGGAGAAUAUUGAGAAGGUUCUUGACCGUGGAGAGAAGAUUGAACUUCUUAUCGACAAAACUGAGAAUCUACGUUCACAGGCACAAGAUUUUAGAACACAAGGGACAAAGAUCAGGAGAAAAAUGUGGUAUCAGAAUAUGAAGAUUAAACUAAUAGUGUUUGGAAUUGCAGUAGCUAUUGUACUAAUAAUCUUUUUGUCCAUUUGCCCUGGCUUUAAAUGUUGGUAGGACUCAAAAAUGUGGUAUCAGA